UCUGUGUGUUUGCUGUGUUAUCUGUCACUGAUCGGUGUUUGUGUUUACGAACUUAUAUUUUUCUAGAAAAUUUGCUAUUUUACUUUAAAAUUAAACAUUUUAUUAAUCAUCUAACCAUUCGUUAAACUACUCGAGAAUCUAUUUCAUCAAGUGCCGAAGUAUUGAAUGAUUCAGACCAAUAUUUCUUCGUCUGGUUACGUUGGCGUUGAAGUGAAAUCCAGCCAGGGUCCCAUUGAAUAAUCUAGAUCAAAAAAGAAAGAUUUUCUAUCAAUCAUAAAAAAUGGGUGAUCAAGUCUACGCUGCAGAAAAAAUUAUGAAAAAACGUGUCCGUCGGGGCAAAGUUGAAUACUUCGUGAAAUGGAAAGGCUGGAGCCAAAAGCAUAGUACAUGGGAACCUGAAGAAAAUAUCUUGGAUGCCCGUUUAAUUAAUGCUUUUGAACGAACGCAAAAAAAUGAACAUCAAGCUUAUAAAAAAUCAAUCAAGCGAAAGCAUCAUCAAAUGGAAACGCCUGAGCGAGGUGAUGCUGAUGAUAGCGCAACAAACGAUGACACCUUGGCUGAUGAAGAUAGUCACGAUGAGACUGAUUCAUUGCAAACCAGUUCUUCCAAAAAAUCUGAAACGAUUGAAAAUAUAACCGAAGCUGAGAAAAAAGAUAACACUUCGCAGUCAACUGGUACUAAAAAUAGUAAAUUUGGGAUAGAAAACGUCGAGAUUUCUGAUGACGGAGAUAGCAGCGAUAGUGAAGAUUCUGUUCCUCUUGCGCUAAGAAUAAAAUCAUUGGGACGAAAGCGAAAAGCCGAAGUAUUAUCGAAGUUAUUUCCGAAGGAAUCUGGUAAAAUUGGUGUCAAAAUCACAACGAGUUCUCCUAAUGGGCCAUCCAAAGUUCCGAAAUUGAACUCGCCUACGACUCAUAAAGCUCCUUCGAUGCCUUGUGAUUCUGCUGGUAAAUUAAGCUCGAAGAAAUCGCUUACGGUCAGUUCAUCUUCUGCGUCUGCUGAUAAUCCGCAGGUUGUUAUCAUCAGCAAGACUUCAUCGACCGGGAAUGAAUCAAAAUCUACAACUAGUGACGCCAAGCCAGUCGCUAAUAUUUCGCUCAAAGUAGUUUCAGAAGCGGAUACACGAACGAAAGAAGACGAGGGCAAUAAAACUCGUACAUCAGAACCUAAAACACUGGAUAAAGAAAAACUAUCACCCGCCGCCAAAGGUGAAACUGUAAAAUCCAUUUCGCCUCCUUCAGAUUCCAAUACCAGCGAUAAAACUACUAAAACGGCCGCAGAUAAACUCGAAAAUUCCACCAACGGUAAGCUUGCUAUUCCUGAAAGUAAUUCAAAACCAUGUUCAAAAGACGAUUCCCAAGCUACGACCGCUGAUAAAGUACCUGCGAAGAAAGUCGACCUAGUCAGCUCAACAGCAUCUAAUGAUGAAAAUAAAGUCAACGGUGUCAGUGGCAAACACAAUAAUAAUAACGCCUUCACCACCGAUUUAAAUAAUCAGCCUCCGAUGGUUGUUAAAACUAUAUUAACGAAUCCGGGCCACGAGUACUGGAGGAUGAAAAAUCCAGUCGCUGAUAAAAUAUUCAUUACCGAUGUUACCGUUGAUUUGAAUAUGGUCACUAUACGAGAAUGUUCUACCGAAAAAGGAUUUUUCAAAGAAAGAUAGGCUCGGUGAAUUAGAUAUUUGACAAUAUUUAGGUAUAAAAUACACGGGCAUCCAAGAUAUUUUGUUCUGGUUCCCAUGUACUAUGCCUGAAAAGAUUUAAAAAAAUUGGUAAAUUGCAUUGACGAAUUUGUAUUGUUCAAACUUAAUUUUGAAAAAUCAUUGAAACAAAAAUGCAGAGGAUUAUUUCACUUUAGCAUCGUUUAUGAUGACAAUGUUUUUAGUAUUCAAUCAAGUAAUCGCUGAUUUAAGCGAAUCCUUUCUUCCUUUCUGUUUCUUUUUAGUUCUGAUUUUAUUUUCAUUAUUAAAUCAAUAAGUUUCAUUUCCAAUUUUUUAUUUUAAGCCACUGUAAAAAGCUUAUUUUUGAUGAUUGACCAGAGACUUCAGAAUGAAAUACGAGGUAAAAUGAAUAUGUACUGCGUACCUAUAAAAACAAAAUGAAAACUCUAUUCGAAUUUAUUUCGUAGAAAAAUCAUUGCGAUUAGACUUUCAUUAAUUUAGCGUUUUAUUCUGUACGUUUUGAACGAUGAAAUAUUUGAUACGUAUUUUUAAUUUUUUCCUUGUACGUAUUAAUUAUCAUGACUGUAUAUUACCGUGAAAAUACUUACGUUUUUAAAUUUACGUAACAUAGGUAUAUAGGGUAAAAUGUGGCGUGAUAGAAUACACUGAUUGAUUGUUGAUGUUAUAUAAUCACCACAACGGUUUAUUAUUAAUAAAUAUUCAUUUUAAUAUUGAUAA